AUGGAGCGUGUCACAGUUCGAAUGGCUCGAUCGGACCGCAGAACUCCUUGGGGUUUUGGAGUCACUGAAGCACCAGAUGGUAAUGUUGUCAUUGUUAAUGUGAGUGAUUAUUUUUUGUCAAAGUUUCCAAACAAUGUUUUAUCAUUUUUGAGUGGCAAAAAAUAUCUUUUCAUUUUUUUGUGCCCACAGAAGAGUUGUGAUAUUUAUUACAACGUUCUGAGUUGAGAUGAGAAAAGUUGUGGGUUGUGAGACGAUUUGUGAAUUCUAAAAGGGCAUACGGUAAAUUGAAAAAUGGGAAAAUAUUUUUUUUUUGUAGAUCAUUGGUGGAAGUUUGGCGGAUCGAGCUGGAUUGAGAAAUGGAGAUUUGAUUGAUCGAUUGGAAGGUGAGAAACAAUUUUCGAGUUGCUUUUAGAUUUACUGACGCGGUUUUUCAAAAUUAUUGGGAAACAAAGAAAAAAGUUUCAAUUUUUAGACAAUCAGUUCUAAAUUAAUGAACUAUUUAAUUCAUUUUCUGAAACUCCUAAAACUCUUCUUUUUUUCAGAUCUUGACAAUCUGGACAUAAAUGCAGUUGAUCGUCUUCUUGUCACCGCUCACGAAAAAAUCGAAUUAGUUGUCAGCAGGUAACUUUUGUUUUAUCUUUCAUAUUAAAUCAAUCUCCUAACUAACCUCUAACUAUAUAUGCUUUCUUCAUUCAUUUUUUAUCCAAAAUUAAGGUCAUAACAUAUAAGAAGAGAUAACAAUCAUCCGUCAUUUAAAUUUUCACUUUUCCCGUUUUCUGUUUCCAAAAAUCUAUUUCGCAUCAAUUUUAUAUGCAAAUAUUUUAUUGCUAUUUUCUUUCCUGAAUAUAUUUUUCAAUUUCAUUUUCAUUUUUCAAUAAUAUCAUCAUAAUAUUAUUAUUAUUAUUAUUAUUAUUAUUAUGGUUAGAAUUACAACCACACCAAAACCAUGGUAAAAUUCAGAUUUUUUAUUGAAAUCGGUAAUUUUUCUGUUUUUUAGGAACUCUUCCGGAUCCGGAGCAACACGAAUUUGGCGACCUGAAGUUAGCGAAACUGGAAGACAAGAAUCACCAUAUAAAGUGAAUUUGCAACACAGUUCUGAUGUGAGUUUUGUUAGAAAUUAGAGAUUAUUGAAAUGAGUUAUGACGUGGCAGAGCUGGGACUAGAAAACAUAAUUUUUUUGAAACUUUUUUAAAAGUUCAGAUAUCCGAUUUACUUUGUGCCUUCUUUUAGAGUAUUGUAACUCGGAAUUCUCAUUACACAAAAUCAAAACUGAGAUUAGUUAUGAUGUGGUACCAAGACAAAUUUUCAUUUUUUUUAAAGUUGCCAAAAAUAAUUUUUGACAUCUUUAGGACUCAAGCUUGAUUAUCCCUUUAAAACGAGCUUCCGAAAAAUAACUAAUUCUUGUCUCAAAAAUCUCAAUAUUCCAGACUGUCCCACCAAAAGGCUUCAAUUCCUCGGCUCUUCCAUUCGAGACCGAUUCUCGUGUCCAACACAUUCAAUACAAUUCCCCAUUAGGAUUAUAUUCGGACAAAUCAGCCGCCGAACAAUAUGUUCAACAAACUACCGGAUUUGUUCAAAACAACAAGUUAGUUUGUUUUUUUUUGUUCAAAAAAAUGCACUAA